AUGAAAUCAUUUUUUAUUUUAGUCAAUUUUUGUUUUAUAACAAUAUUGUUGAUACAAAAAGGAUUGGGAUCAAGUGAGAUAGAUCCAGAACAUUUAAAAUACGAUGCUGAUUUUAUUUCAAAAACUCUUCAAGAAUAUAUUGAUGAAUCUGUAAGUCCUUGUGAUGAUUUUUAUCAAUUUACUUGUGGAAAAUGGUUACAAAAUAAAAAAUUAAAAGAAGAAAGUAAUGAUAUUGAUAGUUCUAGCUUAAUAGAAUAUAGAUUUGGAACAUUUUUAUCAGGUUUCAUUAAUGGUGAUUAUAAUGAUCAAUCAAAAGCAUUAAAUAAAUUAUAUAAAAUGCUCACUCUUUGUUGGUUAGAAUCUGAAGAAAGAUAUGAUGAUAUUUGUGGAAAACAAGUACUCUCAUUUGCAACUUUUGGUUUUGUAUCUUUUUAUUUAAACAAAAAAAUUAAUAAAGAAAAAAUAAUGCUUGAAUAUGAUGCAUUACAAAAAAUUUUUAUUCAAGUUAAAAAUGAGUUUAAAUUAGUUGUAGAAGAAAGAAAAGAUUUGUUGGAUGAUGAAUCCAAAGAAAAAAUUCUUGAUAAAAUUCAACGUUUAUCAUUUUUUACGGAGUUUAGUGAUCUUGCUCUUGAUAAUGAACUUAUGGAACAAUGCUACGACUUUUUUACUUUUAAUGAAAAUGAGAGUUUAGAACAAAUGUUUGAAAAUAUAAAAAAUUAUGAUUCAUUUAUACCUGAUAGUGCAACUAUUAAAAAUAGAUGUAAAUUUGUUAUGUCAAAAAAAAAUGCUUUUUACAUUAAUGCCAAUAUUAUGGAAAAUGCUCAUUAUUUGCAAAAUGAAAAUGUAAUUGUUAUCCAACCAGUUUUUAUUAAAGAACCUAGAUUUAGUCUCAGAUAUCCUAAUUCAUUUAAUUAUGGAUCACUUGGUUUUGUUAUUGGUCAUGAAAUUGUACAUGGUUUUGAUAAUAUAGGAGUAAAUCAUAAUAUUAAUGGUACAGAAAAAUUUAAACUUUUAACAGAAAAUUCUGAAGUAAAGUUUAAUGAAGCAACAAAUUGUUUUGAAAAACAAUACAAUACAACAAAAGAAGAAACAACUGGAAUAAAUUUGAAUGGAUUUUUAACAUUAGGUGAAAACAUUGCUGACAAUGCUGGAAUUAAAAUUGCUCAUAAAGCAUACUUAAAAUAUUUAGAAAAAAUUGGUGGUGAAGAACCAAAAAUACCUGGAUUUGAAAAAUAUACUGGAGAACAAUUAUUUUUUAUUAACUUUGCAAGAUCGCUUUGUCAUUAUACAAAUAAUACAAAUAUAAUAGAAGCUCAAUUAAAAUCUGACCAUCUUCCUCACAAAAGUCGCGUUAUGCUAACAUUAGCAAACUAUAAACCAUUUUCAAACAUUUUCAAAUGUAAUUCUGGUACUAGGAUGAAUCCAAAAGAUAAAUGUGAACUUUGGCGUAUGUAUAAAAAUUUUUAA